UAAGCUUCAAUUACAGCAAAUCUUUAACCAAUUCCCAACUCUUCCUCUUUGAUCGUCUCUAGCGAUGACUGGAAAGACAGCAUUGAUAACUGGGGCUACCGGCUUACUCGGCAGGGAGGUUGUUAGGGCCUUUGAAAGAGCCAAUUGGACUGUAAAAGGGACGGGGUAUUCUCGCGCCGACGGCUUAUCGAUCCUUAAGGUCGACUUGGUAAAUGCGAAUGAAGUUUCUGUUGCACUAGACAAUGUCAAACCGCAAGUUGUAGUUCACUGCGCCGCCAAUCGGUUUCCCGACAAAUGCGACAAAGACCCCGAAGGCACUCGCGCGAUCAACGUAGAGGCUACUAGGAGACUUGCUUCAUUAUGUGCAAGUCGUGAUAUCUUCCUAAUCUAUAUAUCUACCGAUUAUGUCUUUCCAGGCAAACCCGGAGAUGCGCCCUACGAAGCCGAUGCGAAACCGCAGCCUACGAACCUAUAUGGGCAAACAAAGCUUGACGGAGAGCGUGUUGUAAUAGAAGAGUACCAAAAUGCCGGCAAGGCAGGACUAGGAGUGGUCCUACGAGUUCCCGUGUUAUAUGGGGAUGCUGAAUUACCAACUGAGAGUGCGGUAAACGUGCUUUUGGAGACAGUAUGGAAAGCACAAGAGCCGGGUACUAAAAUCAAGAUGGACCACUGGGCUCUCCGUUACCCUACCAAUACCGAGGACGUGGGACGGGUGUGUCAUGAUAUCUCCGUGAAAUAUCUGGGCUCCGAUGACUUAUCAAAACUCCCCAAUAUUCUACAAUUCUCUUCCGAGGAUAAAUAUACCAAGUACGAGAUCUGUAAGCUCUUUGGCGAGAUAAUGGGAUUGCCUAUUACAGCCAUCGAGCCUAACACCGAAGGGAACGAUCCCAACGCGUCGGUUCAGAGGCCGUACGACUGCCAUCUUAGUACCAAGAGGCUCAAGGAUCUCGGCAUAGAUGUGUCUACACAAGAUUUCACCGGUUGGUGGAGGUGGAAUGUCAGAGCGUUUAGAAAAUAAGGGUCUAAGACAUCGACUCAUCGUCGCAUAAUGUCUGUAAGGGACUCAAACAUUCAAUGCCUCCCGUGGUCUGGCCAAAGCCACAAUGUCUUCAUUUUAUUCAGACGCGUGAUACAGUCAAUAUCACGAUGUUUGCCUUAGGUCCAACCUCUUAAUAUAACGAGGCCAUUUCAAGCGAGUUGGAAAUGAAAGAGCUGAAGCCGGUCAGCUGUGGAGAUGAGCAUAACAGAGAAGCCGACAAGUGGCAGCCACACACUUACGAAGCCCGCAAGUAAUUAAUUCCAAUCUUCCUUGGUAUAUCUUGAGCCAAACCUUGAUUUAUUGACAAUGCCAUAUCCCGCUUUACGGUGAUAUAUCAAAUGUCUCUUGGAAAUUCCAUCAAAAUAGGACCUCGUGUUUUGUGAGCCCCUUGCUUUUUACCUAGUACGCAGAAGACCAGGUGCUAAAAAUAAC